UUUACUAAUUUAUUACGAAAUUGUGAUUGGGCAGAAGAUGAAAUUGAACUUAUUUUAUCACAAGUUAGUUGUGGUGAUGGAUAUUUUCUUUAUGAUGAUUUAAUAAAAUUACUUCUAUCACCAGUUGAAUUACCAAAGAAAAAAUCAGCUAAAGCAAAAUCAGGUAAACCAAAAUCAAGUGCUAAAAAGAAAAGUGCUUAA